UUUGCAUCAAGAGAUCCUUCACCAGCUCUGGGAAGUUUUAACAAAGGAAAGACUCAGGACCACCAGCAGUUGCCUGUUAACCUUCAGAAAGUCGCCUUGCUUUAGAGAGCUCACCAUGGCCUGGACUCUGUUUUUCCUGGUUCUUCUCAGUUACUGUUUAGGUGUUAUUUCACAGCCAGCAUUGACCCAGCUGGGAUCCCAGUCUGUGUCCCUGGGUCAGACUGUGACCCUCUCCUGCUCUAAGAAUAAGGGGAGCUGGCAGACCUUUGGCUGGUGUCAACAGAAACCUGGGCAGCCUCCUCGUUUUCUAUGGUAUGGUCCCAGCACCAGGGGAGACGGGGUCCCAGAUAGGUUCACCGCUUCUCCCUCUGAGGAUACCGGCUAUUUAACCAUCUCCAAUGUCCAGGCUGAAGAUGAGGCAGUUUAUCACUGUUUUGCAUGGGAAGGCACCGGUACUCCAAAGUGGGUCUUCGGAGGAGGAACCCACUUGACUGUCACAGGUCAGCCAACAGUACCUCCAACAGUGAACGUCUUCCCACCAUCCCCAGAAGAAUUGAAGAGCUCAGACAAAGCCACCGCGGUCUGUCUCAUGGAUGGCUUUUACCCAGGCGUUGUCCAAGUUACCUGGCAGGCUGAUGGCACCCCCAUCUCCUCUGGGGUGGAGACAACCACGCCCACCAAGCUGAAUGACAAGUACGCGGCCAGCAGCUACCUCAGCAUGAAAAAGUCCGACUGGGAGAGCUAUGAGGCAGUCACCUGCAAAGUGACACAUGAAGGGAAGACCGUUGAGAAGGUGGUGAGGAGAUCGGACUGUGCCUAAAGGCUGGAUGGGUCUGAUGAGUUCCUCAUGCCUCCAGAAGCUGAGAAGAAAGAGUCCUUUCAUGUUCAAGGGGGCCAAGUUUAUUCUCUGAUUUCCUCUAAUGCUACUUUGAUCCAUCAAGUCUGGUUUCCUUCCUAUGUCGUUCCCCUCCCCACACCUCCUCCCUUCCUCUUCUCCCUGGAAUCUCCUUUGUAUGUUGGCUUAUAAUGAUAGCAAAUUAAUAAAAUGUCAUACAUUUCA